AUGUCACCGUCAUCAUCAUCAUCACCCCUGCACUCGACAAUUCUCCCCCUCCUCCUCCCCUUCUCGAUAUCCCUCACCCUCUACCUCAGCAUCAGCUACCUCAUCCUCCCCUUCUGGCGCUCUCAACAACAAAACCUCCCCAUCGAUACAGUCUCCGAUCUCGCGCGACGGGCAAAAAACAACGUCAAGAUGGGAGUCUGGAAGAUAGCGAAAAGGUUUAGAAAGGAAGAGCAUUGGGAUGAGGAGGAGGGAGAGGAAGACGAAGAGUCAGGGAUGCUGAAUUAUGAGGAGGACAGGGGGAGGUUGUGGAGGGGGACUGUGGUUGCGCCUAGGGAGAGUGAGGAUGAUGGGCAUGGGAGAUGA